UCUGCUUUCACAGGAUGAUACUGCCUAAGAGAGGGAAGCUGCUGCUGUUCCUGGCUUCUCAGAUGAUAGUCAUAGCUCUCUUCCUCCAUGUGUCCAGCCAUGGGGGAUUGUUCCAGAACGAAGAGCCCAGGAGGCCUGUGCACGUGCUGGUCCUGUCUUCCUGGCGGUCAGGAUCCUCUUUUGUGGGGCAGAUUUUUGGGCAGCACCCAGACGUCUUCUACCUGAUGGAGCCUGCCUGGCAUGUGUGGAUGAGUUUCACCACCAGCACCGCCUGGAAGCUGCAGAUGGCGACUCGGGACCUUUUGCGUUCCGUCUUCCUGUGUGACAUGAGUGUCUUUGACGCCUACAUGAAGCCAGGCCCCCGAAAACAGUCCAGCCUCUUCCAGUGGGAGCAAAGCCGGGCCCUGUGCUCGUCACCUGUUUGUGACUUCUUCUCUAGUGACCAGAUCAGCUCACCUAACAAUUGCAGGAUGCUCUGUGCUCAGCAGCCCUUUGAUAUGGUGGAGAAGGCCUGCGGCUCUCACAGCCAUGUGGUACUCAAGGAGGUGCGUUUCUUCAACCUGCAGUCCCUUUACCCACUGCUCACAGACCCUUCCCUCAACCUGCAUGUCGUACACCUGGUCCGAGACCCCCGGGCUGUGUUCCGAUCUCGGGAACACACCAGAGGAGACCUCAUGAUUGACAGUCAUAUGGUGCUGGGAGAACAUUUGAAAAUGAUCAAGGAGACAGACCAUCCCUAUUAUGUCAUGCAGAUCAUCUGCAAAAGCCAUGUAGACAUAGUCAAGGCCAUCCAAGCCCUGCCCGAAGCCCUGCAGCAGCGCUUCCUGCUCCUGAGGUAUGAGGACCUGGUUCAGGCACCUCUGGCCCAGACCUCCAGGCUAUACGAAUUUGUGGGGUUGAAAUUCUUGCCGCAUCUCCAAACCUGGAUUCACAACGUCACCCGUGGCAAGGGUAUGGGCCAGCAUGCCUUCCACACUGGCUCCAGGGAUGCCAUUAAUGUCUCCCAGGCGUGGCGUUGGUCUUUGCCUUAUAAAAAGGUUUCUCAACUUCAAGAUGUCUGUAGCGAGGCUAUGGAUUUGCUGGGAUACCUUCAGGUCAAAUCCCAACAAGAGCAAGGCAACCUGUCACUGAAUCUUCUGUCUUCCUCCCACACCUUGGAGAAAGUCUACCAAGAAGGCUUAGGGGAUCUGUCUGUACCAGAUGGUUCCAGCCUCAGCCAGAAUUAAAUGAUCCCAAGCCUUAACAGUAUCACCAGACGAGCAAGCUGAGCAUCAAUUGUGCCUCCACAGGCCCAAGCAGAAGAGUCUUUGUGUCUGUACUCAGGUCUAUACUGCAUCUGAGCCUAAAGCCAAGAAACAAUCUUUUUCUCUCUUGAAGAGACAGACGCAGGAACCUUGAACAGCCCUUCAGCCCACUGAGCAAGAAUGCCAACUUCCUUCCCUCCUUGGCCUUCCUACUUGUUUAUACCUCAGAGACCAUGGCCUGGAGACCCAUUAGACACAGCAAGCAGCAUCCACGGAGCAAGUCCAUAAGCCUCCCUGUCCACGUCCCCCCAGUGAGAAAGGGGAGAAUAAAAACCAGGGAAAGGGGGCUUUUUCACCAAAGAGCUCCCAGCAACUUCCACAGAGACCCGGCCUCAGAGUUCCCAGCACAUUCAAGGAAGCAGGAGCAGGGGGGUUGCUUCCCUGUGAGUCUGCCUAUCACACUGUCAGUUACCAGAAACAGGAAGCAAACACCCCACCCAACCAGACCAGCGCUCAAGUUCACGGUGUGGUGGUCUGGACAGCAUCUGUCCUCAGUGUUUUCCUGACAUCUGUGAAACUGUCCUGCAGUGAUAUGAAAACUGUAACCCAAGCUUCUGCUUCCCCUUGUAAGUUUUCUAACUACCAGUAGCCAGUGUUCAUUCUCAUGGGGCUCUAAAAAUGGACAUAAUCAUCUUUGUAGAGUUUUUUUUUUUAUUGUCUUUUGCUAUUAUCUAACAUACAUAAAAAUCACUACCAUUUUUGGAGUCAGAUGAUGAAUUGAGCCUCCGUUGCCUUAAGAAUUGGUGGAAGGCAGCUGCAAUAGAACACCAUUGCAAAAAGCGACUUUGGGGAGAACGGAUUAUUUGGUUUAGAAUCCCAGUGGGUACAGUUCAUCAUGGGGGGCACGGUAUGGUAGCAGGGGUGUAAGGCUGGCAGAUCAUACUUCACCCACACACAGGACACAGAGAGAAAGAACAGCAAGUUGGGCCAGGCUGUAAAACCUGAAAACCCACCCCCAGUGACACACUUCCUCCAGCGAGGCUCCACCCAAAAGUUCUGUGACUUUCCCAAACAGCACCACCAACUGGGGACCGUGGCGAACUGCAUGAGCCUAUGUGGGACAUCGUAUAUUCAAAUACAACGGCGACAACCAGCAACUCAGCCCUUUCUUGUGCAAUGCGUGCAUUGUAAGAAUGUGUGGAUCACUUUGGGAGCUCUGCACAUAAUUCUUUUAUGAAGAUCUCAGUUCUAGUAUUUAUCUCCUCCUGUUACUAAUAGGCAUCUCCCCAAUAAGGAAAAUUAUUUCUUCCAGUCUUUGCAGAUGUCCCUAGAUCCAGCUGUGCUUUGGGACCACCUUGUACAAAUGCACACUGCCAAAUGCUUCUUCAGGGCUAGUGGGAUCAGAGCUUCUCAGUGUGGAAUUCUGGAUGCUCAUCCCACUGCCCAGCUGGCUGUCCAGGGCCUACUCACCUCUUGUGGCACAAGGUGCCUCCUAUGUUAGACAGCAACAAAAUUCACUUCCUGGCUCCAAGAAAUGCUAAAUACAUGUCUUUCUAUAGAAAGUGCUGGAGAGAUGGCCCAGAGGUUAAGAGUGAGUACUCUUGGAGAGGACCCGAGUUCAGUGUCCAACACCUAUGUUGGGUGGCUCUCACAA